AUGGAGUGAGAGAUUACGAAAAUCCAUUAACCGAAUAUUUUUUAUUCCCGACAUCAAACAAAUUGUGCUUAGUCGUCGAGGUGGGUAUCCGGUCCGAGCGAAACGCGCAAAAUGUCUUUUCCGAACGAGUACGUUCACGUAUCCCCGAUGAACGAAAAAUUCACCAUUUCCACAGAACACAGGUGCACUUGGAGGGAGAAUUUGGGGAAAAACGUAUCUUCUCCCCACAGCAAACACGACUGGAAAAAACCGGAGGUCAAAGUCUUUCCAGACGUUUUGUCCGCGUUCGGGAACACGCCCCUCAUAAAACUGGAUAAAAUCCCCAGACAGGCAGGAUUAAAAUGCAACAUUUACGCCAAAUGCGAGUUCCUGAGUCCUGGUGGAUCGGUCAAGGACCGGGUGGUCCGAAGGAUAUUCGAAGACAGCGAGCGGCAGGGAAUCUUGAAGCCGGGCAUGACGGUCAUAGAAGCGUCGUCCGGAAAUACCGGCAUCGCCCUGGCGCUCGUAUCGGCGGUCAAAGGUUACAAAUGCGUGAUCGUAAUGUCGGAAAAAACGUCGCAAGAGAAGGAGGCGGUGAUAAGGAGUCUGGGGGCGAGAGUGGUACGCGUUUCCGUCGAACUGCCAAGCCAUCCUGACGGGCCCCACGCGACCGCUUGCCGCCUGCGCCAAGAGAUACCCAACUCUAUAAUUUUAGACCAGCUAUCAAAUCCGGGAAACCCGUUAACCCAUUAUGACGUCACGGCGGAAGAAAUUCUAUAUCAAUUGGACAAUAAAGUGGAUAUGAUCGUUCUCGGCGCGGGAACGGGCGGGACGAUGACCGGAAUCGGUAGAAAAUUCCGGGAGGUGUCGCCCCAUACGAAAAUAGUCGGCAUUGAUCCCGAGGGAUCCCCAUUCGCCGUUCCCGCCAGCCUCAACGAAACCGACGUGACAUUUUUUGAGGUAGAGGGAUUCGGCUUCGAAACCGUGCCGAGCGCUUUAGAUCGCAGCGUUUGCGAUUUUUGGGUGAAAACUAACGAUCCGGAGUCAUUCCGAAUGGCGCGGAGAUUGAUCCGGGAAGAGGGAUUGCUCGCCGGGGCCACAAGCGGGGCCGCAUUAGCAGCAGCUCUCAACCUGGCAAAGGAUCUGGACGAGGGGCAGAAUGUAGUGCUAUUUUUCCCGGACAGCAUUCGAAACUACCUGACGAAAUUCGUAUCCGAUCAGUGGAUGGAAGCCAAAGGUUUCCAGCCCUGUCUCAACAGAAAUGACCUCUGGUGGUGGGAGCACCGAGUGUCGGCCCUCAAACUCCAAAAACCGCUCACCGUAAGAUGCAACGACUCCAUAGGGAGAAUUCUGGUGCUUCUGGAAGAGACCGACUCGACGGGGGCCGCCGUCCUUAAAAGCGACGGAUCCCUGCUGGGUAUCACUACCUUGCAACAAAUUACGAACAAACUGAUAUCGGGCGAGUGGGACGAGGCAGAUACGAUCGAAAAGCACACGAUUAAAAUUUUUCACAAACUGGACAAGGAUGCCAUUCUGGGCCGCGUUUCCAGAGUUUUGGAAAAAGACCCGUUCGUCCUCGUCGUGGAAACUACAGGCGCGGGGCCUACGAAAAGCGAAAAACCGAUUGGUUUCAUCGAAGGCAGAGAUCUGUUAGACUAUGCGAGAUCACGGGACAAUAAUGGAAAUGUUCUGCGGAGAAUGUGCUGCAAGUAAACGUACACAACGAAACAAAAAGUUGAAUAAAUCCUUUUAUAAAAAAUGCUGCAAGUGUUUUUAUCGCACCGGGGAAAAGUUUUUCGAAUUGCCUACGCUACCGACGUAAACGCAACGUAUGGCG